GUCCCAUUGAUGCCUGCAGUCCUCGUCGACCUUUUUGCGACUAUAUAGACGCUGUAAAAUCCCACCAUUCAUCCCAUAUUUUAUUUCCCUACUCGCGACAUUCACACCAAACACCAGCCUAUAUCCAUACCAAAAUCCCGUCUCAGAAUGACAAUCACCGAAAUCCUCCUCCCAGUCCUCAAAGGAGACCCCCAGUCCAUAUCGGCAUUCAGCUCGCACGCCUCGCAAAUAUCCUCGCACUUGGUCGGUACCCCGGGCCUUCAGUUGUUCUGGCAUGGCGCGGUUCUCUUCGACGCAGGGAACCCCGUUGCCCCAGAUUCCGGGCGCGCGGCAUUGCUUAUUGAAUGGGACACGCUCUCCUCCUUCCACGCAUUCUACCCUCAUUCGCCAGCGUUCCAGGCGUUCGGCGGAAUUAUGAAGCCGUACGCCGCGAGACCCGACGCACCGAAGCUUUUCCAAGCGGUUACAUCAGCGAAGGACACUGGCUCCGCGCCGAUUACGCAGAUCAUCAAGGCUCGACACGGGCCUGAUACAGAGCGUCUGUGGACGCGGCUGCAGACGGCUCUUUUGAGCGACGAGAAGAAUUCGGACACGGUCGGCAAGCCGGUAUUUGCGCAUGCGCUGGGGGUUGAAGAGCAGGAGGGGGCGUUUUUGGGGACAAUUGGGUGGAAGGACUUGGUGGACUAUAGCCGGACCAGAUCGGAUGAGACUGUUCAGGGCAUCUUGGGCGAACUAAAAGGCGGUGAUGAAAGUGCGCUUGAUCUUGUGGUACGGUUGGAGAAAGUGCAGGUUGAAUAGCUUGUGUGUCCAUUAUGUGGUGGAACAAAUUAUAAUCGAAAGGACGCAAGGGUGGGCGGAGAAAGAAGAUAUGUACGUUACAAUGAAUAAUCGCAACUCGCCAGAUUAGAAUUCGGACCCUACAUAGUUUAUAGACUGGCUUCUUCGUGGCCACUGUUCGCGUUCAAGGCAACUCACUCUUGGUCGGGUGGGAGAGUGUCUGCGACCAACCAGUACCACGUGAGGGCAUGGAUAUUAGGUCCAUGGGCAAAGGGAGAAGUGAAGGUAGACAAUCAUCCGAAAUAAGAAUGUAGAUUCACUCCAGCCUCUUGAGCAAUAGGCCAUGUUGAAUCAUAAGGCACCCUCUUUUGCGAAAAUUAAUACAUACAUCGCGCGAUUUCAUAAUACUAAUUGGGCGUCUCUAUACAACACAUAGAUCAAGGUCCUAGAUAACUGAUAAUCAAGGACCAAAGUAUAAGAUGGGAGAUAGAAAGAAAGCCCCACCAAAAUUCCAGCUAU